CUCGUUCUGUCAUGCAGUGUGUCGGGGCGAGCCUCCGCGCUGCGAGCAGAGCGGCCUCGACGGUGCGCGUCCAUAAUGUAGCGUCCAGCUCGCGGGUCUUCCAAGUUCAAGCUAUCCAGCGCCGGAACGUGUUCUUGCGGCUUCCCAACUUCAAGGGUCCCGUUCAAUGGCUUCAAGAAACCCUUUCACCCAACGUGCGUCAGAAAAACACCGAGGAGGAAAUCGAGGCGGCCCGUCGACAGGCCGCAGAGAAGGGUCAGCUCGGAGUGUUUGAGUCGAUGCCGACAGUGGAGGGCGAAGAGGAGGGCGAGGCCGUGCCUGCGUGGAAGAAAAAGACUUACACCGAGCACAAAUACUCGACGGCCAACUUCAAAAUGUCCCAUCGCAAACUGAAUAUGCUCGGCCGGCAAAUCGCCGGCAAGCCUAUCGACCAUGCUAUCCUCCAGAUGCAGUUCAGCGAGAAGCGCGCCAGUAAACGUAUAAAGAGUAUGCUGGUUAUCGCCAAGUCUCAUGCCGUCAAACUCAAGAACUUGAACGAGGGAAGGCUCGUCGUCGCGGAGUCUUGGGUUACGAAGGGCCCGAACCAGAUUAAGCGGUAUGACAUGAAGGGUCGUGGACGUGCUGGUAUCAAGACGCACCCACACUCACGUCUGCAUGUCUUGCUCAAGGAGGGAAAGACAAGGGCGGAGUUGCGUGCGGAGGACAGGGAGAGAAAGCUGAGCAAGAUUGUCUCGGCUGGCUAUGUCAGGGAGGACAUCCCUAUCCGCAAUCCCGGUGCGACAUGGGCAUGGUAGAAGGCUCAUGUAUAUCGCGUACACUAUACACAUAUAUGGUAAUUCACGGGCACUCCUUACACACAUUACAUGAAUUAUGAGCAGGGGGCGUGUCUGCCAGCAUACAGAGAGC